AUGACCGUCCAGGCGAGGAGAUCCUCCGCGGCCUACAACAAACCGUCACCAUACAGAGCACACGACACCGACAUCGAAAAACAACAUCUUAGCGCUCGCCCCCAACUGCACCAUUUCAAUCGCAGCGAUGACUCUGAGUCCGAGUCCGACACCGACAAAGGCCCUGGUCACUCCUCAACUUCUUACCCACCCGCAAGCGGCGGGAGUCUCCGACACGGCCACCCAGCUGUGGGCUUUCGUGUCCCCCAACGGAUUAUGCGAUGGCUCUGCUUAACGCUUUUUGUAUCGCUUGUCAUAUUUAUUCUCACUCUCUUCCGAUUCACCAUUUCCUCCUCCGUGUCAAAAGUCGCGGUUGAGCUACCCAAGGUCGUCUCGCCCAAACCGCCCACUUGGGAGGGGUUCCCGUUCCUCAAUCGCUACAAUGGUGGAAUUACAAACCUGGUCUCUCGCCAAGAUAAUGUACCCGAGUAUCCUGGCAGCGGUAUGGAGGGAAUGCCCGACCCCAUGGAAGAGAAAGUGGAAGACAAGCAACUCAACAAGCGGGACAUGACGCCCUCCAUGUCCAGCUCGGUUUUUAACCCAUAUCCGGAAUAUGCCUCAUCGGAAUACAUCAAGAAAUAUGGUGAGAAACGCGAGUGCUUCCUGGAUAAGGAUCGUACGGUCAGAGUUCCACCUCUGCAGAGCUACGCUGGAGUUCCCAAGGGUUUCCCGGAGCCGGUGAUGGGCUCGAACGCCAUGCUUGGUAUCCGCGACGAUGUGUGCUUUGAUCGAUUUGGACGUUUGGGACCGUACGGACUUGGAUAUGGGGCCAAGAGGGGAGGCAUUGGCGCCGGUCUGGAGGGCCACCGCGAUGGUGCGGAGCGGGUUUGGGAAGACAUUCCCCCAGUAGACUUCCGACAGGUGAAUUGGGCCGAUGCGCAACAGCAGUGUCGCGCAGCAAAUCGCCAUCGUUUCAACGAGCUGCCCGAGCCGCGUUUGAACCGAUUCGUCUCCAUGCCCGUGGGAAAUCCUGGUGUGACCGUGCAGGAGUCGGAGGAUACUUACAAAUCGAAGCCCAAGGUCGGUUCCGAUCGUCUACCGAGAACCGCUGUGGUCAUCCGGACCUGGCACGACUUCAAUUACACCCCAGAGGAUAUCAUGUACAUGCGAUCCGUGAUCUCGGAGCUCUCUUUGAUGUCUGGUGGCGAGUACACCAUUCACUUCCUCAUCCAUGUCAAAAACAACGACCUCCAGAUCUGGUCUGAUGAUGAAACCUACCAGCGCGUGCUUCACGAUGCGCUACCGGAGGAAUUCCGAGGAAUGGGAACCCUUUGGUCAGAGGCGCAGAUGGCUUUGAUGUACCCUGCUCUGGAGGAAACUUUCAUGCGUGGUCUGCCCAUCCACGGCGUCUACCGCAGUACCUACAUGCCCCUGCAGUACUUCGCCUUCCAGCACCCGGAAUACGACUACUUCUGGAAUUGGGAGAUGGAUGCUCGUUACACUGGUCACUGGUACCAUCUCUUCGACAAGGUUGGCGACUGGGCGAGAGCGCAGCCUCGAAAGGGUCUCUGGGAGCGCAACUCUCGCUUUUACGUUCCGUCAGUUCACGGCUCGUGGGAUGACUUCCGCCAGAUGGUUCGCGUACAGACUGAAAGUGGCACGAACAGUCCUAAUAACAUGUGGUCCGUGGUUAAGCCCGAUGGAACCGAAAAGGAUCGUGAUAUGAACGGAUUACAUCAGCAGGGUGACAAGUUUGUCUGGGGUCCGGUACGCCCCUCCGAGCCAGAUAUCUUCGAGGUGGAAGGUGAAGGCAUCCCACCCACAACCAUGGAAAAAGAUCAGUAUCAAUGGGGUGUGGGCGAAGAUGCGGAUUUGGUUGUCUUCAACCCACUGUACGACCCCGAAGGCACGACUUGGCUUCUUCGUGAUGACGUGACCGGUUACAACAAGGAGAAUGGCAUGCCUCCCCGCCGAACUGCAAUCAUCACCGCCUCCCGUCUGUCUCGCAAGCUCCUCACAACUAUGCACAAGGAAACCGCUCUUCGCCAUCACAGCAUGUUCUCGGAGAUGUGGCCUGCGACCACAGCGCUGCACCACGGCUUCAAGGCUGUCUAUGUACCUCACGCUGUCUACAUCGACCGCCGCUGGCCGACAAAGUACCUCGAGACUGUCUUCAACGCCGGCCGCAACGGUGCCUCGGGUGGUGCUCGUACCUCUGUCUUUGGAGACAGGGAACACAAUUUCAAGGGUACAACCUGGUUCUACUCCGCCGGAUUCUCUCCUAACCUCUGGCGCCGCUGGCUCGGCAUGCGUAUUGACAAUGACGGCGGUGAGCAACAGGAAUUAGCUGGUGAAGGCCGCAUGUGUCUUCCUCCCAUGCUUUUACAUCCCGUCAAGGAUGUACAGAUGGUGAUUGACGAUGGCGAACAUGCAGAGGAUCGGUGA